GUUCGAGUCAAACGACGACGGCUCGCGUGGUCUCAGUCGUGAACAACACGUGACCAUUUACAACUGUACGCACUGCACAGAGACUCCCCCCACGCCCCCCAACUUUUCCUUCUCCUCAUCUUAUCCAUAGCCAAUGCAUUAUUGCAGAAAAAAUUCCAUGACACAACCUUUAGCUCUCAAGCUUGCCUUUCUGUGCUGCUAAAUUUUUUGGGAUAAUAAUUUAGAGAUUGGAAAUGGGGUUGCCGUCGGAAAUGAGGGACUUGUGGCGUAGCAGGAGCAAUUCGGUGUUGAUUGCUUCUCCAGCCGAAGAUCAGAAGAUUCUGAAUGCAAGACAUUGUACCCAAGAAGGUGUUCGUGCUGGUGCUAAGGCAGCUUGCAUUGCAUGUGUUGCUAGCGCAGUGCCUACAUUGGUUGCAGUUCGUGUGGUUCCUUGGGCAAAGGCAAACCUUAAUUAUACAGCUCAGGCACUCAUUAUAUCUGGAGCAUCUAUUGCUGCAUACUUCAUCACUGCUGAUAAAACUAUCUUGGAGUGUGCAAGAAGAAAUGCACGUUACGAUAAAACAGCUUAGGAAGCAUGCUCAACGUGGUGCAACUCUGAAGUCAUCAUUAUAAUAUGUUGGUGAUGGCACAGCCUAUUGUGAUCUAGGAUAAAUAUCUUUUAAUGUAUUGAGACAUUUUAUUUUUUUAAAAUCACUAUUUCCUGAUGUUUGGCAGAGGAAGACUGUAUGUUCCUGCAUGGUAGCUAUUUCUUCUGAUGCUUUUCAGUGUGUAGUUUCUGUGACAAUAAUGCAAAGUUCUUUGCGUAGUGAGAAUGAUGAUUUUGGACUCUA